AUGCUGGAGGUUUUAAAUGGAUUUCUUCUGGUUUAUUUCUUUGUUUUAUGUACUAUCAGUGCUUUAGUUCCUCUUCUAGUCAAACCGAUUGUCGCGUGUUUCUCAAGGCCCUCGCACGAAGAACGCCAACUAUGGGAUGAAAUAGUAAUGCUUAAAUGUCAGCAAAAGCAAAUUUCUAUGAAAGAUGAAUUUGCUGCUUAUUCCAAACUUCAAAGGCGGAUAAUCAAGCUAGAAGCAGAAUUAAAAGAAAAUUCUCAGGCUCGAUUAAGCAAAAGCUUGGCAAUAAAGGGCACUAUACAUAUAGUACUUCAAGUGGUCAUUGGUUUCGUAAUAAUUAUUUCAGUCAUCUUAUUCAGGAGAGAACCUCUAGUAGCCCUCAAAGGAGAUCUUUUCCCACUUACAACAUUUCUUAAAUACCCAAGUGAAACUCCGAAUGCAAUCUCGACACAUAUGUGGGUUAUAAUUUCGAAUGUUUCAAUAAGAACUCUGGUGAAGCCUAUGCUUUCUUAA